AUGAACACCCUCUUCAACUCCGCCCUCCGCCAAAGCACCUCAAUCCGCAAAGAGCUCACCACCCUCGCCUCUUCCCCCACCCCCUCCCCCGCGCUGCUCGGCCAGCUCUCCGCCUCCCUAACCUCCUUCUCCCGUACUAUCGACGACUACACCACCCUCUCCAAAUCCGAGCUGAUCCCUGAAAAAGCCGAGAAGGCCCGCGGCCGCAUCACAAACUUCCGCGCCGAGCUCGCCGAGUACAGGGCCCAGCUGCAGGCGCUGCGCUCCGAGGCCGAGGAGCGGCAGACCGUCACUUCGCGCAAUGAGCUGCUGGGACGACGGCCCCAUCAUACCGCUACGCCGGAGAAUCCCUAUGCGCAGGCGCAGGUGCAGGGCAUGAACUCUAAUCCGCUGUUCCAGCGGCCGGGGGGUGGAAGCUAUAUCCAGGGGCAACACACCGCGCUAGGCGCUUCGCAGGCAGACGCGACACGCGAGUCGCACGCGUUUCGGGAGCAAUCGUUCAUGGCGAGCACGAACGCGCACCUGGACGAGUUUCUGGAGCGCGGGCGAGCUGUGUUGGGGGAUUUGGGAGACCAGCGGGAGAUGCUGAAGGGGACGCAGCGGAAGCUGUAUAGUGUGGCCAACACGCUGGGAAUUAGUGGGGAUACUAUUCGCAUGGUGGAGAGGAGGGCCAGGCAGGAUAAGUGGAUUUUUUGGACGUGUGUGGUUGUGUUUUUUGUGUUUUGUUACCUUGUUCUCAGGUGGUUGAGGUAG